AUGGCUCCGAACGUGACGCUGUCCUUCGGUCCAAUGCUCAUUGGCACCUUCAUCAACAUGAUUCUCUACGGGGUUUUGAUUGUCCAGACGUAUCAUUACUACUUGAACUACAAGCACGAUGCGCGGUGGAUUAAAGCUUUGGUCUACUACCUCUUCCUCGUCGAAUCCCUCAACACCGCGUUCGAUAUCCAAAUGAUGUACCAACCGCUUAUCCAACAUUUCGGAGGAGGAAUAUGGACCACCGCACUGAUCGUCAAAGUCAAAGUCUUCGCUCGGAAAGCUGAGCUGCAUUGGUCGGCCCUUGUUUGGUUUCUUGCGGCGUGCAUCUCGGAUGUGUUGAUUACGAUGGUUUUGGUUGUUACUUUGUCAAAGAGGAAGACUGGCUUUGCGGCUACGGAUGAUGCUAUUCAGCGGAUUAUCCGGAUUACUGUUCAAACGGGUGCUCUCACGGCCUUUUUUGCGAUUGGGGACGUCGUCUUUUUCAUGACCAUGGGUCAUACAGCCUUAAACUUCCUCUGGGACCUCGCCCUCUCCAAACUCUACGCCAACUGCCUCCUGUCCACACUCAAUGCGCGGACGAGUAUCAAAGAGGGAGUGGGGAACUCGAAUAGUCGUGCGUCGAGGGAGGCGGGGAGGCAGGGUGGGGGAGGGGGGACGUUGAGUGGGGGGAGGCGAGCGGUCGCAGAUCCGUUCGGCCCACCUUCGAUGCGCGCGUCGUAUGAGUACGACGUGGAGUUGGCUGGUAGUACGACUGGGAGCACAAACUGUCACCACCACCACCACCACCAUAACCUUACUCACGCUGAGCUCGGCGGGAAUGGAUGUGGGGGUGGGAGGCAUCAUAGAAACAGCGGCAGUCGUUCGUUCGGUAUUGGUGAGAAGGCGUCGUUUUCGAGGACGGGGGAUGCAGCCGGGUUGGAGUAUGGGAUUACUGUUACCAAGGUCGUCGAAACGCUUGAAGAUCCGUGUCCUAUCCCGCCGUUGCCGCGGUACCAGCUGCAGCCGCCGGAGACGCAUCCUCAUCCUCAACCGCUACCUCAAUCGCAUCCUCAAUUGCAUCCACAGCCUCAACAACAUCCUCAUCCGUAUUCGCUUCCCCAGUUGUUCCCGCAGCAAGAACAGACACGGGGACCGAACCAACAGCAACAACAACAGGCGCAGGGAAGACUCGGACAAGAUCAGCAACGACAACAGCAACAACAGCAGCAGCAGCUUCACCCGUUCCCGAGCUCGGGCGGUGACCAGGGGUCGCCGAUGCAGUUUGGUGUUGCGCAGUAG